CCAACGUCUUCAAAACCCUGCAACAGCUUCGCAACCCAGCUGAUAUACCCUUUUCAAAUACUCAUCAAAUACUCAAUUCCUGAGUAUUAAUUCACAACUCUGCAACAGCUUCGCAACCCAGCUAACUAGCUAUACCCUUUGUCAAAUACUCAAUUCUUCCGGGUUUUUAUUGGCUUUAGAUGGAUGAGAUCGAUGUUCCUCGAUUCUUUCUCUGCCCCAUCUCUCUUGAAAUCAUGAAGGAUCCUGUUACAGUCCUUACUGGGAUAACCUACGACCGUGAAAGCAUCGAAAAAUGGUUGUUUUCCGGGAAAAACAAUACCUGCCCGGUCACAAAACAAGCUCUCCCUGUUGAUUGUGACCUCACACAAAACCACACUCUCCGGAGAUUGAUCCAAUCGUGGUGUAUCAUGAACGCUUCACAUGGCAUCGAAAGGAUUCCAACACCCAAGCCUCCGAUCCACAAAAAUCAGAUUUCCAAGCUAAUCAACGAUGCCAAAUCCCCACAGUUGAAGAUGAAAUGUUUAGAAAAGCUCCGCUCAAUCGCUUCCGAGAGCGAAACCAAUAAACGUUGCAUGGAAGCUGCAGGUGCCGUUCAGUUCCUAGCGUCAAUAGUCUGUAACACUAAUUAUUCGGCAUCAGAACAAGUUUCGGAUGAUGGGCUUGACUUUACAAGUGCAAGCUGUGAAGCCCUGAGCAUCCUCCACAAUCUCCAAGUUUCUGAAGCAUGCCUAAAGAGCCUCACUGGGAAAAAUGAUGAAUUUAUCAGCAGCUUAAUACGAGUGAUGCAACGUGGGAACUACGAUUCUCGCGCUUAUGCUGUUUUAUUAUUGAAAUCUAUGUUUGAAGUGGCUGAAGGGAUGCAGAUGAUCAAUUUGAGAACCGAAUUCUUCAUCGAAAUAGUCCAAGUCUUGCACGAUCAGAUUUCGCAGCAGGCUUCCAAAGCUGUAUUGAAAUUACUAAUCCAGCUUUGUCCAUGGGGAAGAAACAGAACUAAAGCAGUCGAAGCCGGAGCAGUUUCUAUUUUGAUAGAACUUCUUCUUGAUUCUUCCGAACGGAGGACUUGUGAAAUGAUUUUAAUGGCGUUGGAAAUGCUGUGCGGAUGCGCGGAGGGAAGGGCCGAGCUUUUACAGCACGGAGCUGGACUGGCUAUUGUGUCAAAGAAAAUUCUCAGGGUUUCCCAGGUCGGGAGCGACAGGGCGGUGAGAAUUCUUUGGUCCAUUUCGAAGUUCUCUGCAGCUCCGGCUGUUCUUCAGCAAAUGUUGCAGCUGGGCGUUGUGACAAAGCUGUGUAUAGUUCUUCAAGUGGACUGUGGGAACAAGGCUAGAGAGAAAGCUAGAGAAAUACUUAAAUUACAUGCUAGGGCAUGGAAGAGUUCUCCAUGUAUACCAAACAAUUUGCUUUCUUGGUAUCCGUCUUGAGGGAGAUCGAGUAAAUUGUGCCUUUCUGUUUGAAGGAUCCUUUUUAUGCACUUGUACAUAAUUAAUUAUUGGAUUACAUGGGGAUUAAUUAAUUAUUAGACCCCAAAAUAUAUGAUGAAAUUCAUGUAAGAUCAUUGCAAAUCACAAAUAUUAUUAGCUGUGCCGGCACUUUUCACUAA